AAGAACUUAUUGACGGAUAAUAAAACUUUGUGGAAAAGUAAACUUUAAAUAAAUAUAACGUUCUUAAAAACUUUGAUUAAAGUUUUUCUUUUUUGCAUAACAGCUGCUAAAUAGUGAGUGAAAAGUUUUAAAAGUUAAAAAUUAUAAAAGAAAAAUAUAUUUAAAAUACUUAAAAUGUUGUGAAUAUUUUGGAAUGUUUUAAAAGUUAUAAAUAUUAAAAAUAGUGUUUUGUUAGUUAUUAAAAAAUAUAUAAAAUUUUUAACAAAAAUAUCUUCGUCUACACAAUUCUAAGAAUCUGGGGUCACACACAGAGACACAACAAAAUAGCUAAUCGAAAAACUUUAAGCCUGCAUGCCGCCACAACAGUCCACAGACAACUUUGUUUAAAAACGAUACACACAAAGAAUUAACAAAGAUGUUCCACAACAUAAUUGCUGCUGCAGCAAUGCAUACAAAUCUUUAAGAGACAAACAAACACGUUUGUGUUCAAUUUAGAAAUAAAAAUAACACUAAUAAAAAGAAAUUUAUGUUUUCAACACAUAUUAAUUAUUAAAACAUAAAAUAUACUUAAUAAUUACCACAAACGGAACAGCAUUUUAAAAAAGCUGUAUGAAUGCAUGACGCUGUAUGCUUUAGCGUUUUAAAGAACAUGCGUAACCCUAUGACAUACAUUUCGGAAAGAAAGAAAAUCAACAACAUCAUCAUCAAUCGUGGAUAAUUAUAUGAUUUAUUUGUUUAUUAAUAAUCAUUUGGACGUAUUUAUUCAGGCAAUUUAUACAUUCAUUCAUAACAUUAAUCACCAGCUUGUUGAGUAAAACCAUCAACAUCAGCCGGCGCAUGCUCGCACGCUAACACGCACAAAGCAACGUGCCCACGAACCAACAAAGAUAGAAUACAACACAUUUUCGAAACCCUCAUAAAACGCUUACCCAUCAAGCAGUCGGUCAGAAAUUCAUUCAGUCAAUUGGUUGUAUGGUUGACUCAUCAAUAUGACUCUGAUUAGUUGCUUUAGUAUUCUAACGAGUUUAGCUAUUUUAAUAGUCAUUCUACCAUCUCAGUUGGAAGCUUAUUAUACACCAAAUACCGGUUGCCAUCACAAUGGUACUUGGUAUGCAGACAAAUCACUUGUUCCCACCACCGAGAAAUGUUUGAACUGUCAGUGUAAUAAGAAGACUUUAGUCUGUCGUUUAAAAGUAUGUCCUGAGAUGCCGAUGCCACCACCUCGUGGCUGUGUUGUUGUCCAAAAGAAGAACACAUGUUGUCCAUAUUUAUCGUGUGCACGUUUAGAUGCCUUCUAUAAGAUACCAGCCACGCGUCGCAUUAUCGCAUAUUUAGAUCAUUACGAGCGUGAAUCAAUUGAUCGUGUAGUCAAUGAAAAUAUGCUACAGCGCAGAUCUGAUGAUACUGAUGUCGAUUUAUAUGUUUGUGUUAAAAAUGGUACAGUUUACAAAUCUGGCUCGGCAAUGUCUUCCUCCAAUCUCUGCAGUUAUUGUUAUUGUAUUGGUGGCACUGAGAAAUGUGUUAAACCCAAAUGCAUGCUACCGGUCGAAGGCUGCAAACCCAUUUUUGUGGACUCCACCUGUUGUCCCGUACGUUACGAUUGUAGUACCAAACAAACAGGCAAAUCAUCCCAAGAAGUGCGUUAUCGCAAAACUUCCAAUAAACAUUAUAUGAGAAUGUCCCAACGUCUGCAACGUAAUCAUGGUUGUACCGUGGGUCAACAAUUCUAUACGGAAGGACAGAAAAUGAAAAGUGAUAAAGAUAAACCCUGCGAUAUAUGUUUCUGUAUAAGAGGACAAAGGAAAUGUGCACCCAAGAAAUGUGCCCCAGCUUUAAGGAAUUGCAUACCAGUGGUGCCCAAAGGGCAAUGUUGUCCUUCCAGUUACGACUGUGGCAGCCAGCGGGAUUAUCGCAGAUCACAAAAUUCCAGACAAUUUAAUUUGUUCUCCUUACUGUUUGGUAAAGAUGAUGAACAAGAUGAAAAUGCUGCCACAGAAAUACCCGUACAAUACCCGCAUGACAGAGAGCCCAUAACUACAAAGCCGACAAAAAAUAAAGCGGCCACAACAGAGAAAAGUAUAUUCGAUUCCAUAAGAGAAGGUUUAGAAUUUAUCGAUAACAAUAAUAAUCAAAUGCUUAAGGAUAAUAUGGAGCUAGUGGUUGUACCACCACAACCAACACUACACAAGAAAGCCAGACCCUCACCUACACCCAUACCCUUGGGCAUGCACAAUAUUGUUAGUACAACAGAAGUAAGCUUUCUAGAUUUACUACUUGGACCUUCGGAACCCAAUGAACAGAAAACGGAAAAUUCCUCCGAGGAAACUGAAUCGGUGGAAGAGAAAACUACUCCUACUAGUACGGGUAUAUAUUGGGUCGAUUUACUAUUGGGACCAGAUAAGGAGGAGGAUUCGAAAGAUUCGGCCAGCACUAUGUCCGAUAAAGUAGAUAAAGGUGACACUACAAAUGUACAAGAUCAGCUGGAUUUUGAAAGUACCACAUCGAUAGAUCGUGUCGAUCAUGAAAGUUUUGUAGACAGUGGCGAGUCAGUGGGAGAGUUAAAUGCCGAGCAACAAGAAAAACUCUCUUUUUCCACGCUAGAUAUGAUUACAACAACAGAAUCAAACAAUGAGGACUCUACACAAACUUAUCCCACAACUUUAACUGAAACUACUGAAAAAAUAAAGAUCAAACAACCUGUAAGUACUACCAAGAAAACUGCAACAACAACAACUACUACAACCACGAAUAAACCCACUACUACAACGACCAGUACCACUACUACUACCUCAACCACCAAGAAACCAACAAAAACUACUGCCACUCAUCAAAAACCAAAACCUUUGUCAACAAAAAUCAACCAUAAUCCGGGCAAGAAUCAUACACAAACAAAACCUGAUAAAAAUUCCGACUUUUUGGCUCAACUACUAGAUGGUUUAAGUGGCAUUUUGGCUGGUGAAAAUAAAACCCGCCACAAUACGCCAACUCUUGCAAAUAACAAGCAAAAUUUCAAUCGAACCACCACAGUGAAAUUGCCCACUCCUAAGCCCAUGCCUUCGUUUAAGCCUCUACCACAAGAUAAAACCUAUUCACGCAUCAAUUCCAAAAUAGCUAAUCUCACUGUAAAGCCACCCAUUAUAUCAACCAAGGAUUUUACAAAACCCACCUUUAAACCGUUGCCAGGGAAAGAAAAAAAAAAUCCACCCAUACCCUUAAAGGCAAUAGAAGAGGAACUACAAAGUACCACCACACCUUCUACAACAAGCACCUCCAGCACUACAGCAGCACUAACAUCAAGAUCCACAACAACUACAACCACGUCGACAACUACUACAACGAAACCUACAACAUCUACCACUUCGAAACCCGUAGUAGUCAUCAAAACAAACCCUACCAUUUUGGAAUCCGAACCUCUGGAUCAAAACUCGGAACCUACUUUACCGCCUAGUUUGCCAAAUCUCAAAAUUAUACCUUUCUUACCCACCGAUGCUGUUAAAGCCGACCACAAUCAAGGUUCCUCCUAUGAAUACUACCAUCAUCCUUCUGCACCCAUAUCACGCAUAGACUAUGAUCUAUACGAUGACGCAAAUUUAUAUCCUUCAAUUACUGAAAAAUAUCCUUUAUACCCUGAUUUAGAAGAUGGCAGUAAGGCAGAGUAUAUUUAUAAAUUUAAUGUUGAAGGUCCCGAUUCUCUGGUUUCCUCGAAUGCAGGAAAAUUUGACGGCACUUUGGGUUCUCCUGCUUUCUUGAAAUAUGAUUUUGCAGCUUCUGGGACACCCUCAUCGACAAAAGGAUUUUCUCCGCCCACCAAAACCGAGGGUGGUUUUGUGCCUAAAGAACCACUGAUUUUGGACGAUGAUGAUCAUGACAAUGUUAGCGUUAAGGUCGGUGACAGUUAUCAUGUGACACAUCAUAUUAUAGAUAUAACGACAUCGGGUGAUGUCUUGAAUACUACGAAGGUUAUAGAAAUCACCACACCCGAUCCCUUUAAAGAUGUCAUACGCACUGAACCGCCACCAGAUUUGAUAUCUCUAAUCGAAGACAAAUUAAAGAAUUUUAUUGGCAAAUCAGGCGCAACAACAACGACUACAACAGCCACAAGUAGUCAGUUAAAUGAUAAGCCACAAAAUAUAGCAGAAAUUGAAAUGAAUUUAAAACAAACAGAUACAAAUUCAAUGAAUACAAAAAGGACAACCCAAAUCAAAAUGACAGCUACGCAUGUUGCAAACAGCAAUAAUAAUAACAACAACAACAAUGACGGUCAGAACAAUGGUUUCAAUAAAACUCUGGCUGAAAACGAAGAAAAACUUAUGCAACAAACCAUUGGCGUUGACAUGGAUGAUGAAGCUAAUGUUGAUGUAAAUGAUGUGAGUACAAUACCUCCAUUUAAAACAUUACCAAAGGCGGCAAUGGUAGUACAACAAUUGAGGCAAGAUGACAAUACAACAACUAUAACGACUAUGACGUUGACAAAAGAGUCUGGCAUAGCACAGACAAAUAACAAAUUAAAACAAACAGAAACAACGUUAAGGCCAAUAGUUAGUACAUCAACGACAACUAGGAAAAUGACCACAACAACUACAACAACGAAAAGGCCAACAGUAGUUGCAGCAAAUAUUAAGGUAAAUCGUAAUAAAACAAUUGCCUCCACUGCCUAUAGAACUAAACAAACACAAACGCUGCAGCAACAGCAACAGCAACAAAAACCUACAAAAAUAAAUAAAAAUUCCACAUUGAAUGUUAGUGAAAUGAAAAUAUUGGCGUCAUCAACAACAUCAUCAUCAUCAUCAUCGUCAUCUUCUAGUUAUUCCUCUUCAUCAUCUGGCGGCUCUAUGUCAACAUUGAAAACUAAGUCCAAUGCAACACGACGUGUAACAAGUACUAAACCAACAAAACAUAAUAAACCAACGACCACCAACUCUACGACAACAGCAACAACAACAAAGAACACUGUUAAACCAAAUGCAAUAAAUAUUGAUAGAACCUCUUUGGCCACUAGACGGACAGCAAAACCAACAACAGCUAAUGCAAAUAUACAGGCUGUGACUAAAUCUAAAACCUCAACUAUCAGUACCAGUGCAACAACUAAAAAGACAACUACCACUAGACCUACGACGACAACAACAACAACCACCACGGUACCAACAAACUCCGCUUCUGCUGCAACACAACAAAAGACUGCAACUACAAAUCCAUUUUUUAUGUCACCUUUUGACAAAUUGCCUUUCAUGGAUGCCAGUUUUGAAGUGAAACGUAAUUCAGCAACGCCCUCUACAACAUCAACCACCACCUCCUCCCCGCCACAACGACAACAGCAACAACCACAUUUUGCAACAAUUGACGAUGCUUCAAUGCUAGAUGGUGAGCAAGAUAAUGCUGAUGAAUAUGAUUCAUCUGCAACAUCGUCUUCGAGGCAUAAAUUAAUGGGUUUGGUACAUUACAAACAUACACUUAAUCAAUUGGAGGGCUUAGAACCUACAACGCAACAACAACAACGCCCUCAGCAUUAUUCUUACUCAGCCCCUAACUCUGAUUUAUCCAAUGCCUCUCAUCUUACCUCUACACAAUACAACUCCCAGGUGUCAUCACCCUCGUCAAUGGCCUCACAGCAUCAGCAACAACAGUCAUCUUCAUCAUCAUCACUAAAUAAUUUAAUUGAUCCCACAGGUAUUUUAAAAUUGGCGGGUUGUAAUAUUUAUGGACGUAUGUAUCGCGUUGGCCGCAUCAUACUUGAACUUUCAUCACCCUGUUUAGAGUGUAAAUGCACAGAAAUUGGUGUUAAGUGUGGACCAUUAGACUGCUGAGAGAAUGGUUUUAUUUUAGAAAUUUCAACUAUUUUUUCUCUUAUUUAAAUUAUAGUUUUUAAAAUUUAGUUUAGUAUUUUCUACUUUAAGUUAAAUAUGAAAAACACGAUCAUUUAGUUUUAAAAAAAUCUGAAAAUAACAUCAUAAGUUAUCUUAAGAUUAAAAUCAAUGCUUUAAGGGGUUAAUAUAAUAUUUAUAUUAAAUUAUCAAGACAAUAGUUAGUUAUAACUUAGUAUUUACUCAAAUCGUUUUAUAAGAUUUUAUUUAAGAUUUAUAACUCAGAUUUUAAGCUGUAAAUUUAAAU